AUGGCGUCAACGUUCAGCGGCGACGAGACUGCUCCUUUCUUCGGCUUCCUCGGAGCCUCAUUCGCCCUCGUCUUCUCCUGCAUGGGAGCUGCAUAUGGCACGGCGGAGAGCGGGGUUGGAGUGGCGUCGAUGGGGGUGAUGAGGCUCGAGCUGGUGAUGAAAUCCAUUGUUCCAGUGGUUAUGGCUGGUGUCGAGCAGGAAGCAAAAAUGGGUCGAAUCCACCCACCCAAUGAACCCUUGCAUAUCGUCGAACACGCGAAUCGCUUGGCGGGUGAAUCCGGCGGCGAUCAGCCGCCGAAUGAGGACGGAGAAAGUGGUGAAAUUGGGCUGGGAAUCUGA